AUGCGCAUGAUCUUUCUCGAACUUCCCUUCCUCGUUCUCCUAGCAGCUGCGGGCAGUGCACUCGCGGCACCACGCAACGGCGACUGCAAACUGACCCCCCACGAUGCUGCCUGGCCAUCUGAUGAAGAAUGGAGCGCCCUAAAUGCGACGAUCAACGGCACGCUGAUUAGGACUACCCCUGCUGCAUCCUCCUGCUACCCUGGGAACCCGUUCAACGCCCCUACAAACUGUACCGAGGUAAUGGCCCACUGGUCCUAUGCGGCGUACCACGCCGCCUGGCCAGAGAGCAUCGAUUACUCGAUUUUCACAAACCAUUCAUGUCUUCCGCCUGGUGUGGAUGGGAAUGAAGCGCAGAUUAUGAUUGCCAUGAAGUGGGCAGACGAUAGGAACAUCAGGGUCGUUAUUAAGGGAACAGGCCAUGAUUUGAAUGGAAGGUCAACCGGCGCAUACGCCCUGUCCAUCUGGACACACAACCUUAGCCAUUUCCGCCACGAUCCUGCCUGGCGUAUCCCGGGCACAAACAGCACGGCUGAUGUAGUUGUUCUCGGCAGCGGGAACAACUGGGGCUCUGCAUACACGGCCGUCCACAGUAUCAACCGGGCACUUGUAGGAGGCGAAGACGCAACCGUUGGACUGGGCGGUCUUGUACAGAACGGCGGCCAUGGAUUGUUAUCAAGUACGCACGGACUUGCAUCAGAUAAUCUAUACCAAGUCACCGUUAUCACCCCUGAUGGGCGCCGUCUCGUCGCCAACGAUGUGCAGAACAAAGAUUUAUUCUGGGCUGUUCGUGGUGCUGGAGGCGGCCAGUUUGGGGUUGCCACUGAGUUUGUGCUUGCGACGCAUCCUGUUCCGGAGAAUGUGGUUUCUGGAGGUCUUACAUUUUAUGCAGUACAAGGAGCCGGGUUGAAUGCAAGCGAUGCGUCCUUGGAUGCCCUCGUUGAGACGGCGAGGUCGAUCCCGGACCUCAUGGACUCAGGUCUGACGGGAACAGUGAUGGCUCUGACGGGCACACGCGCAACUUCCCUUCUCGGCCUCAGCAUCAAUGAGUAUCUACCUGGAAUUGCAGGAGUCAUAAACCUGACGAAGUUCAACUCCACAAUUGCGUCUAUGAACAUGACUCUCAACGAGCUGGCAUCCCGACUGUCUAGAGCCUCUGGAGAUAGAGUCACCAUCGCCCUUCAAACCAUAUCCUCACAGUCCUACUGGUCUUCUACAAAGCCAAAUUCCUCGGCCAGCCAAUCCGCCGGCGCAAGCAGCAUGAUAAGCAGCCGUCUACUUGGCCGCCGUGAGCUGGUCGACACCCCAAGCGAUCAGGUCCGUCACUACCUGCGCCAGAUACUCACCCCUCCUACCGGUAGUUCUGGCUCAAUGGCCCUCUUUGGCCUACAAGGCGGGCCCGCCACAUCCAAGACCUCGAUCCUCCGCCGCGGGAGUGUCCAUCCUGCUUGGCGACGCGCGUACGCGCAUCUCAUGACCUACGGCGCACCGGUCAAUGACUCUGCUGAUGCGAAGGCGGCGCUGGAGACAGGCGCAGUUUGGUACGAGGGGCAUAUCGAACCAGUAUGGAGGAAGUGGACCGGUGAAGAGGGUGGGAGCUAUGCAAACGAGGGUAAUGUGUUUAGCAGCACGUGGAAGGAGGACUUUUACGGUCCGAGGGACUCAGGGAUCUACGAAAAGUUGCUUGGGAUCAAGAAGACGUACGAUCCGAAAGGAAGCUUGUUCGUCUGGGGCGGCGUUGGGAGCGAUGAGUGGGAGUAUGAUCUGCAUACUGGACUGCUUUGUCAAGCUUGA